GGAAUGAAAUAAGCGGAAGAGCCGACAGACGGAAGACUCGGCGGAAGCGGUCUGUCAGGGAAGGAACAUUUGCAGAAUUUGACACAAAGAAGCCUAAGGAUCUAAAACAUUUUAUAUUUCGAUAAAAACGUAUUCCCCAGUCCGCUGCAAUGAUUCUGCUAGAAAUCAACAACCGGAUUAUAGAAGAGACGCUGACGUUGAAAUUUGACGGUGCAUCCAAUGGGACUAAACCAGAGGCAGUGGAGGUGACAUUUGCAGAUUUUGAUGGUGUCCUCUACCACAUCUCCAACCCCGAUGGGGACAAGACCAAGCUGAUGGUCAGCAUCUCCCUUAAGUUCUACAAGGAGCUGCAGGAGCACGGAGCUGAUGAGCUGCUGAAGCGGGUCUAUGGGAACUUCCUUGUUUCACCCGAGGCGUGCUACAACGUGUCCCUGCUCUUUGACCUGGAUGCGGUCCCGGCCAAUAAGGAGGAAGUGAUCCACCAGGCGGGCAUGCUGAAGAGGAACUGCUUCGCCUCGGUGUUUGAGAAGUACUUCAAGUUCCAGGAGGAGGGCAAGGAGGGAGAGACGAGGGCCGUGGUCCACUACAGAGACGACGAGUCCAUGUAUCUGGAGGCCAAGAAGGACAGAGUGACGGUGGUGUUCAGCACUGUGUUCAAAGACGACGAUGAUGUCAUCCUUGGGAAAGUAUUCAUGCAGGAGUUUAAGGAGGGUCGGCGAGCCAGUCACACUGCCCCCCAGGUUCUGUUCAGCCACCGGGAGCCGCCCCUGGAGCUGAAGGACACUGACGCCGCCGUUGGAGACAACAUCGGCUACAUCACCUUCGUCCUGUUCCCACGUCACACCAACGCCAACGCCAGAGACAACACCAUCAACCUCAUCCACACCUUCAGGGACUACCUGCACUACCACAUAAAGUGCUCCAAGGCCUACAUCCACACACGUAUGAGGGCUAAGACUUCUGACUUCCUCAAGGUGUUGAACAGGGCUCGACCCGACGCUGAGAAGAAGGAGAUGAAGACCAUGUCGGGCAAGACGUUCUCCCGCUGAGGCUGGUCCACACACGCACUCUGACCCCUGGACAUGCCCAAUCGUGCCACACUGAGACUCUACUCCACAUUGGACCGUAUCACAGGCCCCUAAAGCCCCGCCCAGCGCGUGUACAUCCUGUGUCUUUUAUAAAUAAAGUUGUCUCUUAGUAGAAAUUGAGGCUUAAACAAAUAAAAAGGGCAUUCCUUGCUUUGCAUAGUUAAAAGAUUAUUAUUAGUCCUAUAUAAAUAUAUAUAUAUAUAUAAAAAAAUAAAAAAUGAUGUUUUGAUACGAUAUCUUUUACUCUAUUUGGUACUCUUACCUUGCUCCCUCCCUCCCUGGUGGUGUCCAUAACUUCAGAACCCCUCCUUGCUUCCUCCCUCCCUGGGGGUGUCAAUAACAUCAGAACCUCUCCUUGUUCCCUCCCUCCCAGGGGGUGUCCAUAACAUCAGAACCUCUCCUUGCUCCCUCCCUCCCUGGUGGUGUCCAUAACUUCGGAACCCUUCUCUUUACCUUCCUUCCUCCCUAUGCUUCCAUGUUGUCUGUACCAUUGUCAUUGGAAAAAUAAACCAGUCUUAUAAAAAUCA